AUGAUAAGUUUCCGUGUGCGUAAAUCCAAUUUUGAUGUCCAAAUACAUAUCGAUGUAAAUAGUGACGGAGGAGCGAGGUGCAUGGCAGGAGACACCCUCGUUCAAUCGAAACGGUCUCCAAAUGGAAUUAGAGUCGGCGUGCGGCCGGCGGCGAUCCCGCGGGAUUCACCCACGCCCGGGAUGUGCGCCGGGAUAGCCGGUGAUUGCUUUACUGUUUACACUACCGCGAUUCCAGAUAGAAUUGAACUGGCGUGUAAGCGGGCUGGAACCCGAUCCGAAGACAAUCAAGGAGAUAAACAAGGGCUGCGGCGCUUCCCACCGCGCGAUAUGUACUGUCAACAAAAUCGGAUCCUACUCCUAGCUCCCAGCAGAUGUGAUCGCUCGCACGGGAUUAGAGCCGUGCGAAAUAGAUAUAAAAAGACUGCAGCCUCGCCCACACCCAGUGCAGAGGACAUUUCAUCUCCGACAAGGAUCGAUACUGAUACUUUAAUUGCGUAUAUUGAUUCCAAAUUUAAGGAGCUUCGGAACGAACGGGAAGCUGACAUAUUAAACUUGAAAAAUUAUCUUAAUGAAAAAAUCGACAAACUUUCACAAUCUGUCCUGGCAUGGACAUCCAAGUGUGAAAUGUUAGAGACGCAUAUAUCUGAGCUUUCAGUUACCGCUACAAACUUAACUGAGGAGAAUUUAAAACUAAAGGAACAGCUGCAGAGCCUGCAGGACAACUUUCAUGAGAAUGAGCAGAAAUCCCGACUCUGCAAUGUUGAGAUACAGAAUGUUCCUGAACGGAAAAACGAAAACCUAUUGCAACUAGUCUCAAAUCUGGGAACCUUACUCGGCGUUGUUAUUCCCGCUGAAUCCAUUAAAGCAGUACACCGCGUUGCUCAUAAUACGCAUACAGACAGACCUAAAAAUAUCAUAUUACAACUUAAUACGAAGCAUUUGAGGGAUGACGUCAUCGCUGCAUCCCGUGCUCGGCGUGGCUUAACAGCGGGUCAACUCAUAGCUGCGGGUGGACCAAGCAACGCUUCUUCGAGGUCAGGCAGUGACGUAACACAAUCAGAUCGCAUCGUCUACAUAAGAGAGCAUCUCACCUUACGCAAUAAAAUAUUAUUCUCCAAAACAAGAUCUAUAGCUCGCGAUAAAUACAGAUAUGUGUGGACUAAAAAUGCUAUCAUACAAGUGCGUAAAAAUGACAAUUCACCUGUUAUGUACAUCCGUUCCGAGAAAGACCUCAACGGAUGGCGGUCGUCUCGACGGAGUACCGUGUCCGUGAUGCAGGGCGGCACUCGCUCCACGAGCACCGAGCGAGCCGCCCGCCACCAGCACGGUGACUUGGACACGGACACAUUAACGACGCGUUACUUGUGA